AUUUCAUUCAUUCUUUAAGUAAGUUGAAUAGCAAAAAAAAAUUAAUUAUAUAUUAACUUCAGUAAUAUAAUAUUUUUUAAAUAAAUAAUUUAACUUUCUCUGAGCUAUGUAGAUAAAAAUUUAUAAAAAUAUUAUAAUGUAAUUGCUGUACUUGGACUGCUAGGUAAAUCAGGAAUUUAUCAUGUUUUAUGAGACCCACCAUUUGACCGGUAUGAAUACUAGUGUAUAAAUUUCUAUGACAAAAGGGGUUACCACUGGCAUUUUGUCCAGAGAAGCCUACGAAUUGAUUAAAACGUUACCAAAUCUAAUCAUGAGUUAUAAUCAAAUCUAUAAAACUAAGGAGCAUGUCGAUCAUAUUGAGAAUAAAACAAAGCCUACUCCUAUUGCAAUGGUUGCACCAGAGGUAAAACAGAGUGCCGAAGUUGACACGGAAAUCACUAAGACGUGUGCGGUGCUGGGAUGUGAGGCCUCUAAGAAUAUGGGAGCGGAAUCAUUUUUCAGGUUCCCAGAGGAGCCCAACCUCAAACAGAUAUGGACAGACCUCACUGGGCGGAACAACUGGACUCCCACAGACUACUCGUAUAUUUGUAUACAACAUUUCUCCAUAGACUGCUUCACGUGUGAUGCUGAUAAUCAAAUGAUCUUGAUAGAUAAGGCUGUCCCGUCUUUGAAACUGCCCAGGCAUGUGUUGGAGGUUGAGUACAUAGACGAAGACACAUUUGACAAUGAUGAAGACGAAGAAAUGGAGACUGACUACGAAGAUGAUGACCACAAACCGGUGACCAACGGUCACACACAUGAUAAACCAAAUAAUUCUGACGCGUAUACAGAACAAAAAACUAAAGAUGUGACUGAAAAUGAUAUAGAGCUACUGAAAUUGUUCACUGAAGUUCAGAGGAUGCAACGCCAGGCGGUUAGUUUGAAAGAUAAGCUCAAACACAAUAUGAGAAUUCACAGCAGACAGAGUAGAGUUCUGAGAAGAUUGGAGGAGGUUAUAGAGAAAAAGAGGAAGGUUUUGAACGCGAAAAGAAAAAAAAGAUCGAGGAUAUUAUUGUCUUUGCAGGACAAGAUUGAUGAGGACACAAGUGGUUUAGUUUUGGCCAUGCCCGUGAAGCAAACGGAAGAUUUUAAGAAUUUCGCUUUAAGUAUUUACAAGUAUUCUCCACAGGCUUAUAUCUAUAUAAGGAAUACUUUAAGGACGUUGCUUCCGAGUACUGAUGUCUUGGACACGUGGCUGGGGAGCGGGCAUCAGCCUAAAACGGCGAUCAGUAAUAGCAAUAUGAUAAAAGUUAUGGCCGAACAAACUGAUACGGAGUUGUCAUGUAAAAUUAAGAUAGGUUAGUCGAUGAAGUUAUAAUAAAGUCUCGAAAAGUU